AAAUGUGUAAUUAAAAUAACCAGCUUAUUGAUAAUCGUCGUGCGAUAUAUAAACGCGACCGUCUAUAGUUUUGGGUUGUUCACGAAAUAAGCGGAUUACGGGUACGCUUCUCCAAAGGAUAAUUUCCGAUUCCCGAUUCUCUCUUUUGAAUACCUCCCUCUCGAUACUCAUCGUGACUCUUGGUAUUUCGGGUUUCUUCGCUUCCCUUUCUCUCUUCUUCUGAUUCCGUGUAGCUUGAUCUGAGCUCUUGAGCGAUGGAUUCCACUACUGCACUCGUCGUCAAGGUGAACUAUGGAGGUGUGCUUAGGCGCUUCAGGGUCCCUGUUAAAGCUAAUGGACAGCUUGACCUUGACAUGGCUGGUCUUAGGGGGAAGAUCGCUGCUCUGUUUAACCUCCCUGUCGAUGCUGAAUUUUCUCUGACUUACUCUGAUGAAGAUGGGGAUGUGGUGGCCCUGGUUGAUGACAAUGACUUGUUUGAUGUCACGAAUCAGCGCCUUAAGUUCUUAAAAAUUAAUGUGCAGUCGACCAGUGGUAUGCCCACCAACUCCAUUGCUCCAGAGACUAGUGCGAGUUCAACAACAGCUGCGGGUAUUCCUGAUAGCCAAACCCCAGUUUCCAAAAUCCAAAAGGGUAUAAAUGAUGUUCUGAUGGCUGUACCUAACCCAAUGCGUGACACCCUAUCGAAGGUGUAUAUGGACCUUGCAUCUAAAGCCGCAAGUUCUAGCCCUGUAGUUGGUGAGAUGCUUGAUUGCAUCUCCAAGCUAGGGCAGCUCUCAAGUCCUCAGGGAAGUAGUCCUUGCUCACCUGUUACUAAGCCUGGUACAUCAGGCCCUUCCCUGAGCAGGGAGGUUCCUUUCGCUGGUGAACAGAAGGAUUACUCUGAGAGGACCCAGACCGGAAAAAAACCUAUCAAUCUGAAUGAACCCGCUGGCUUUGCUGAUCCAAAGACUUCUGGUCAUGUACCAACCUCAUGUGGACUGGGUGCUAGUUUCAACGAGUGUCCCUUCAGUGGUUGUACCGUCAACGACUCCAGUCCAAAUCCAAGUAACCUCAACAAGCAUGCUCGUCGUUGUUCCAAAAAGAGCAGCAAUGGUGAUUACUGGGGCUCGCUGGGUGUCUUCCAUAAGGGCAUCCGUUGUGAUGGAUGUGGAGUUGUUCCAAUAACUGGGCCUAGGUUUAAGUCGAAAGUGAAAGAAGACUAUGAUCUUUGCACCAUCUGCUUUUCGGUGAUGGGUAACGAGGGGGAUUAUACAAGAAUGGAUAAGCCUGUAUCAGUUCAUCAUAUACAUCCCUUUAGAGGACAACUCACUCCAUUUUCAAAUCCUUGGUUGAGCCACCCUGCGCCACGGCCACCCCUUGGAGGUGUACAUUUCAGGUGUACUCGGCCUAAACUAGACAGUCGCUUUGUCCUUGAUGUGAAUGUACUUGAUGGAACAGUUGUUGCUCCAUCUGCUCCAUUCACUAAGAUUUGGAAAAUGAGGAACAACGGUUCGUUGGUCUGGCCGCAUGGUACACAGGUAGUCUGGAUUGGUGGGGACAGAUUCAGCAGCUCACUGUCAGUUGAUCUACAGAUUCCAGCGGAGGGUGUGCCUAUCAACAGUGAGCUUGACGUCAAAGUUGAUUUUGUUGCACCAGGGGCGCCUGGUCGAUACAUUUCUUAUUGGAGGAUGGCUUCCUCUAAUGGUGCUAAGUUUGGGCAACGUGUUUGGGUGUUGAUACAUGUUGAUGCAUCCUUGAAGAAAUCUGUUGUGAAUGAGUUCAAUGGACUGAACUUGAAUGCCUCCCCUGAGGAAAAUUUUUCAAAAGAAUUUACAGGGAUCAAUGUGAAUCAUGAGCCAGCUCAAGCUGGCAGCUCCAAUGUUAAUCCUGGUACAGUGAACGUUGCAGAUCUAGAACGAGAAGCUGGUGAAUCAAAAAUCCCGGAAAAAGAUGACCUGCUGGUUGGUCCUUCUAUUCGUCAUACGCAUACUCCAUCUUCAUCUUCGUCAUCAUAUGACAUGAUCGAGUUCCCACCUAUGCCUACCGUUGAGACCGUGUGUGGUAGUUCUUCAACUACGAAGGAUACCCCAGUUCCUCUUCAAGAGGAUAUAGAGAAGAACGACGUUGAGGUAACCAUGCUGAAGGAGCUCGAAGAAAUGGGUUUCAAGGAGAUUGAUUUGAACAAGGAGAUUUUGAGGAACAACGAGUACAACUUGGAGCAGUCUGUUGAUGCUCUCUGUGGAGUUAGCGAGUGGGAUCCUAUCCUAGAGGAGCUUCAGGAAAUGGGCUUCUGUGAUGAUGUGACUAACAAGAGGCUGCUGAAGAAGAACAAUGGAAGCAUUAAAGGUGUGGUGAUGGAUCUCCUCACUGGAGAGAAGGAGGCUUAAUGUGUGGCUUUUGAUUCUGGGAACUCUUCUCUCGUCUAUCUUUAGGAUAUAUAAAUCAGGUUUUUAUAAAUAAAUAAAACCUGUCCAUGUAUGCGAAACUACUGUGUGUGCUCCUUUGCUUCGUGUUGGAUUGGAUGGAUGGAUGAUAUUACUAUCCUAAAUAAUAAAUUAAUUAUAUUAUGUGAUCAUA